UAUCAAUUUCUAAUUUCCAUAAGAAAAUUGAAUAUUGAUAGUUGAUAGUACAGUGGUUGGUUAACCAACUACUAUGGUCUGUGAUCUACUGUAUUUACUAUAUUUCACUAUAUCUAAUACUGUAAAUUUAAAUUUUUUAUACCUACGUACCACGAUUUGUACACAAACACCUAAAUACAUAAUGGAGUUAGAUGAUUAUGACAAUUUAUUUAAAGUGAUUGCUGUCGCAGAAGCAUUUGGUGAAUUAGAAAAAAAAUAUAAAAAUAUGCAAAAUUACAAAAUAACCGUUGACUAUAGUCACAGUGGGUUCCUUCCCAUCGAAACAAUGUGUUUACUUUACGAACGGUACAACGGCAGCGCCGUCAAACCGCAGCAUGUUGCGGCGACCGACGGCGGAGAAUGGCGAAACCGUCGAGUGCGGUGCAGUCCGUCUAAAUAUAGCAGUUUGGUGUGA